AUGGAACUGCUGGUGCUGCCUUUCCCAGAAGAAACCGCCGGCGACAUUGCCUCUACCAAGCGACCCAAAGAAAUGCUCUUCUGCUGUCGUGGCCUAGCCUUAGGAGUGCAACAACCUGCUUUGUAUCCCGGGAAUUCUAAACGGGAUAAAAACGGGAUAUUCUCGCUAAAAAAGGGAAACCGGAAAAACGGGCGGGAAACACCUCAAACCGUUUUCGUCCCGUUACCGUUUUUAUCCGUCCCGUUACCGUUUUUAUCCGUCCCGUUCCCGGAAAAAAACCAAAAAUACGAAAACGAGCGGGUCAAAUAUGGAAACGGUUGCGGGACGUCGACCUGCAGAUACCUACUGCAAGUCUUGUCCACUCGGGUUCAAAAUCUUGAGAAAGGAGUUGAGUUGGACUGCCAGUGGGUAGAAUUUGAUGAUGUCCGCUACCACAUUCAGGCAUCUGUGAAGAAUCCAAAUUUCGUCCUGCUAUCACUUUCGUUACCAACUCCACCUCCCGAAACUGUAUCUUUUGGUGGACUCCCUGAAGUAGCUAUAGAAGCAAUAAAAGCAGCAUACGGUGUUUUUCUACAGAUUCUUGAUCCGCCGAGGGAUGGUUUUAAUCUCACAGUGAAACUGAACUUAUCCAAACUUCCACCAGAUGAAGAGCAUAAGCAAGCACUCCUGGUUAAGAUUGCCUCGAUAAGAGAAGUUGUCCAGGGUGCACAAUUAAGAGCAAUUCUAAAGCAGCUUAUCACGAGGGGUGCUAAAUCUAAUUUGAACCAACCUGUUUCCAUUGUUCAUCGGCCAAACGAAUCAUUUUUUGUUGUAUCUCAGGUAGAUAAGGUAAUUGUCAUUUUCCCCAUGCGGUUCAGGGAUUCUGUCGAUACUGUUCUUGCAACUUCUUUCUUUCAGGAAUUUGUGGAAGCAAGGCGAACUGCUGGGCUAAACAGUGCCCCUCCUUGUCAUUGGUCUGCUUCCCCCCCUCAAGAAUUAGAAGGAGUUCCUGAUGAUGCAUUAGCAGCAAACUCGGGAUUUAUCAGCUUUGUAAUAUUCCCUCGCCACGUGGAAGGCAGAAAGCUUGACAGAACUGUUUGGAGCUUGACAACAUUUCAUGCUUACGUUAGUUAUCAUGUCAAGUGCUCAGAAGGUUUCAUGCACACCCGGAUGAGACGCCGUGUUGAGUCACUAAUAGAGGCUCUUGAUCGUGCCAAACCUGAUGCAGACGAGUCUGAGAAAAAAAGGGUCCAAAGUAGAUCCUUCAAGCGACUGAGUAUCAGGGAUGGACAGGGCAGUUUCAAUUCUAGAUGA